AAAUGCCGAAAUUCUUCUGCGACUACUGCGACGUCUACCUAACGCACGACUCCAUGUCGGUCCGCAAAGCGCACAACAGCGGCCGCAACCACCUGCGCAACGUGCAAGCCUACUACGAGCAGAUCUCCUCCGACCAGACCCAACAAGUCAUCAACAGCAUCACAGACGCGUACAACAGCGAAGGCCAAGCCAACCCCUUGUACCAAGCGAACCUGAACGGCGGCGGCGGCGGCGCGGGCGGCUUCGCGAUGAGCGGCGGUAUGGGCGGGCCAAUGGGGAUGCCGAUGGGGAUGCCGCCGAUGGGAAUGCCGAUGCCGAUGCCGAUGGGGGGGCCGCCGAUGGGGAUGGGGGGGCCGCCGUUGGGGUUUGCGCCGCCUGGCGGAAUGCCCAACAUGCCACCCCCGUUUAUGGGCCGCGGCGGUCCUCCUAAUAUGCCCCCCUUCCCCCCGAACGGCAUGCCGCCUAAUUUGCCCCCCUUCCCGCCCCCCAAUAUGGCCGGUGGCCCGCCCAAUAUGCCUCCGUUCCCGUUUCCACCCCCGCAUGCGGCGGGCUCGCCGCAGGGGGGACUGCCGUUUCCGCCGCCGGGCGCGAUGGGGAUGCCGCCUAGGGGGUUUGCUGGACCGCCGGGGCGUUAGGAACGUGUUGGUGUUUGUCAGGGGGGAGAGGAGGGGAUGGGGGGAUGAGUAUAGUAAUGCGAGGUUGGACUGUGGCGCGCAUACCGCGGGCAUCGGGAGGGGAGAUGUGUGAGGCGAGCGGGCAGUGUAUCAACAUCAACAUCAACAAGCAUGAUAUUUUCCAUCGGCGUUAAGGUUCAGGGUCAGUAUCAGGAUCAGGGUUAGGGUCCAUGUUUUGCACACCAGAAGAAGAAAAGCAUAGCGAUACCCAUAGGAAGAAAUCUUUACAAUUUAUUUAAACACGCCUGAAACGUGAUUGAGCUUGAAUAUAGUGUCGAUAAAAAAGUCUAAUAAUUAUAAA